GGCUCCCGCAAAAUGCAACCUGUGCGUUUUCUCCUGGGUGGGAAGCAGUGUCAUUUUACUUCUUUUCCUGCCUUGUUGCUCUUCUCCAGCGAGUCCCCAUCGGUUUGGUGCCAAGAAAACUGGGUCCACUGGAGAGCUGUGAAGCUGGCAUUCAGUGUAGAAAGGCAGCUCCGUGAAAUCAUCAACAGGCUGAAACAGCUGCCAGACUUCCUAAAGGAGGACUUUGACGGUUCCCGAAACGAGAUCCUUAGGAGGUGUCUCUGUGCAGGUUAUUUUGCCAACGUGGCCCGGAGGUCUUCGGGGAAAUCUUUUCGCACCAUGGACGGCCAUGGCAGCGUGGCCUAUAUUCAUCCGUCAUCUGCU